GGGCCGUUGGGGACGGCUGGGGAGGGCUGAAGCGGCGGCGCUGCUGGCUGCGUCACGGUCGGGCUUCGCGUCAGGGUCACCCUCUUGUGGGUGACCCGGGGGAGGAGUCGGCGGCCCAGGGGUCCAGGACAGGCAGCAUUUCAGAUCUGCUUGGUAAACCUGGUGUACCACCAUGCUGGCUGCAAGGCUUGUGUGUCUCCGGACACUACCUUCCAGGGUUUUCCACCCAACUUUCACCAAGGCCUCCCCUGUUGUGAAAAAUUCCAUCACGAAGAAUCAAUGGCUCUUAACACCCAGCAGGGAAUAUGCCACCAAAACAAGAAUUGGGAUCCGGCGUGGAAAAACUGGCCAAGAACUCAAAGAGGCAGCAUUGGAACCAUCAAUGGAAAAAGUAUUUAAAAUUGAUCAAAUGGGAAGAUGGUUUGUUGCUGGAGGGGCAGCUGUUGGUCUUGGAGCAUUGUGCUACUAUGGCUUGGGAAUGUCUAAUGAGAUUGGAGCUAUUGAGAAGGCUGUAAUUUGGCCUCAGUAUGUGAAGGAUAGAAUUCAUUCUACCUAUAUGUACUUAGCAGGAAGUAUUGGUUUAACAGCUUUGUCUGCCUUGGCAGUAAGCAGAGCUCCUGUUCUCAUGAACUUUAUGACGAGAGGCUCUUGGGUGACAAUUGGUGCAACCUUUGCAGCAAUGAUUGGAGCCGGAAUGCUGGUACAUUCAAUACCAUAUGAAGAGAGCCCAGGCCCAAAGCAUCUUGCUUGGUUGCUACAUUCUGGUGUGAUGGGUGCAGUUGUGGCUCCUCUGACAAUAUUAGGAGGGCCUCUGCUCAUCAGAGCCGCGUGGUAUACAGCCGGCAUUGUGGGAGGCCUCUCCACUGUGGCCAUGUGCGCACCUAGUGAGAAGUUCCUGAACAUGGGAGCACCCCUGGGAGUGGGCCUGGGUCUCGUCUUUGUGUCCUCACUGGGAUCUAUGUUUCUUCCACCUACCACUGUGGCCGGUGCCACUCUAUACUCAGUGGCAAUGUAUGGUGGAUUAGUUCUUUUCAGCAUGUUCCUUCUGUCUGAUACCCAGAAAGUAAUCAGGCGGGCAGAAAUAACACCAAUGUAUGGAGUUCAAAAAUAUGAUCCCAUCAACUCGAUGCUGGGAAUCUACAUGGAUACAUUAAAUAUAUUUAUGCGAGUUGCAACUAUGCUAGCAACUGGAGGCAACAGAAAGAAAUGAAGUGACUCAGCUCCUGGCUUCUCUCCUACAUCAGAUAUCUUGCUUGUUUAAUAGGGCAGAUAUUCAUUAAAUAGUUUGUACAAGCAGCUUUUGUUGAAGCUUAGAAGAUAAGAACAUAUCAACAUGUUUUAAAAUGUUUCAGUAAUGUAAUGCUUCAGGUCUGCUUUUUCUUCUGGAGAAUAAAUUCAGCAGUACUCUUCCUAAUAAGCACACACAUUUCUCAUGUUUGAAUAAUUUUAAAAUAUCUUAAUGAAUGUGAAAACUAAGGUUUGUGCUAUGAGAAUAUAAGUAUCAAUUUUUAAAUUCAUUAGGUUAAGUAAAAAGUAACAAACUUGUGUCUGCCUGUAUAUUUUUUGGAAUGUAGAAUAAUGUGAGGUCAUAAGUGAUGAAAAAUUUUGAUAAAGGGACCAGGGGUAAGGUAAAGGGUCAUUUUCAGUCUAUUUUUUUUAAUACUUAGGACUUAGCACUCAGGUGAUUGGUGAUGAGCCAGUGACAGACAACUGGAUAUUUGGAGACAAAAAAUGCUGUUUUUAUAUGUAUCUGCUGAACUUAGCAGAAUUAUUGAGCAUUAGGCAAAGGCACAGGUGAUGCAUUUUCUUGCUGUUGCUUCUCAGUGUUCUCUUUAAAAGUAGGUGUGGUCAUGUUUGACUUCUCAUUGUUAGGACAGUCCAGAAUGUUAAUCAUAUGAAGGAAAAAUUCCUGGUGGAAUUAUAUGUGUGUGAGUUUUACAUCUGAAUCUUCUGAAAUGAAAUAUCCUUAAAACUAUUCUCAAUAUAAAAUAUCCAAAGCAUGAAUUUAUUGCUUUUCAAACAUGCAAACAAUAUGUUCAUGAUUGCUGGGGUUUUCUUACAUAUUUAUUGAAAUGUCUAAUUGAAUUCA